AUGCUUAUAUUGCCGGGCAAGUCAACGUCGGCUUUGCAGGCAGGCGUGAACAUGAGCGUACAGCCGCUUGAGCCAAUAGUCGACGAGAGCCACUCGAGCAGCGGGCUCCACAGCCACCACAGUAUCGGGGCCUCCCCCUCGAGCUCAAUCGCCCAGACACAGGAGCUGCAUCUGGCUGCGAUUCGAUUUGAACAGAGCGUCCCUGCUGCCUUCUGUAUGUCGGCGAUUAGAUCAGCGGGGUCUGGUGACUGUGGCGCCUCUAGCGGCAAGAAAGAUGCCACAUUAGUCUGA